AUGCAACGACAACGUUUUGAACCAGAAAAAGUUGAAACAUUUUCUUUACAAAAAUCUGAUAUUGGAGAUUUAGAAGUUGUUGAAAUUGAACAUGAUGGUGAAACAUUAGCUAAUAGUUGGUUUCUUGAUGAUAUUACUAUUGAAAUGCCAACAAAAGGACGUGCAUUUUGUUUUGCUUGUCAUGAAUGGUUAUCAAAAGAAAAGGUGAUGGAAAAACUAAACGUAUACUUAAAAAUACAAAUUUGUUUUCUUUUCAUUUGUAUAGUGAUUCCAUAUGAAGUCACAUUUUCUACAGGUGAUUUGGAAAGUGCCGGUUGUGAUUGUGAUGUUAGUUUGAAAUUAUUUGGUACAACAGGUUCAUCAUCUGAACAUAUUAUUCGAAAAGAAGAACGAAAUUUUGAACGUGGAUCUAUCGAUCCAUUUCAAUGUGAAUUAGAUGAUGUUGGUGAACCAAUUAAAUUACGUGUUACAAUACUUCCAAAAGGUAAAAAAGGUCGACAUAGUUGGUUUUUACAAAAUAUCGAACUUAUUAAACAUACAAAAGAAAAUGAAAGACAAAAAACAUAUUUAUUUGAUUUAAAUGAUUGGAUAUCAAAAGAAACAGAUUAUCAUCAUGAUAUACCAUUAACGAAAGGUGGAAAAGCAUUAUUAAAAGAAACAACUUAUCGUGAAACAGUAAAAACAACUGAUAUAUCUGGCGCAAGUUGUGAAUGCAAUGUUUUUAUUGUUAUUUCGGAAUAUGUACAAAUUGAUGAUACACGAACAGGAGAAACAUAUAUGUUUCCAUGUAAUAAAUGGUUAUCAUCAAAGAAAGAAGAUCGACAAAUUGUACGUGAACUUGUAUGUAGUAAUGAUUCACCAAACACAAAUCUACGAGGAUUAUUAACAGCAUCAGGAAAAGUUCCAUAUGAAAUUGAAAUUUCAACAUCAGAUAAACAACAUGCAGGUACAACUCAACAUGGAUGGAUUAUUCUUGAAGGGAAUAAAAAACGAUCAGAAAAAUUUUAUAUGAAAAAUGAACCACAUAUCAAAAUUUUACGAGGUGGACAAACGGAUACAUUUACAUUUGAAUGCCGAUCACUUGGUGAAUUACGUCGUAUUAUUUUAGGUCAUAAAGAACGACCUGAAUAUCCACUUAAUACAUAUGAAGGUCGUGGAGCUAUGUGGCAUGUUGCACAUGUAACUGUUACAGAUCCAUCGACAGGCGUUAAAUUUGAAUUUCUUGUACGAAAAUGGAUUGAUAUUAAUAAUCAGGGUAAUGUUUUUGAAUGUGCUGAAAAAAAAGAAGAUACUAUUGCACAACAAUGUCAUCGUCAUACGAUUAAAUAUAAAAUUAUUGUUCAUACAAGUGAUGUAUCACAUGCUGGUACAGAUGCAAAUGUAUCAAUUAUUCUUUAUGGUACUCUUGGUGAUACUGGUAUUCGAGAAUUAAAACAAAAAGGUCCAAUUUUAUUUGAACGUGGUCAGGUUGAUGAAUUUAUUAUUGAACUCUAG